GCCCAUCAAUUACCGAUAGUCUGGGGUGGAAUCAUUAUUUUUUUUUUUUAGCUGUGGGCGUAUAUUUUGGAUUACAAAAAUCAUUGUAAAUAAAGACAAGUGGAGUGCGACAGAGCGCGAGAGCCAUGGCCCAGGGUAUGCCCAAUCAGCCCAAGUUCCUGCCCCGCAUCGAGCGGAGUGCCGGCAACUCGUAUGUGGCCACCGCCUCCGGCAAUCCCUUCGAGACGGACGAAGAUGAGGAGAUCUUCAGCAGGCACAAGAUGGUUUUACGCGUGCCCAGCGACUGCACCGGCGAUUUGCAGCAUUUGACGGUGUCGCGGAACUGGCUGGUAUGCAUCCUGGGCACCGGAGAGCGGACAACGCUGCUGCGCUUCUUCCUGCCCCGUGCAAUACCGCCGGGAGAGCUGGCUCUGGAGAAGUACUUGUCUGGAUCGGGUUACAAGAUAACCAAGAUAUUCCUGGAUCCCACUGGGCACCAUCUCAUUGUGGCUCUGGUGCCGAGAUCCGCCUCCGCUGGCGUCUCACCCGACUUCCUGUACAUCCACUGCACCGAGUCACCGCAGGCCCAGCAGCUCAAGGUGCGCCGCAUUGAAAAGUUCAAGGAUCACGAGAUCACAGCCGUCGCCUUUAAUCCUUACCAUGGCAGCGAUUCGACCACCGGCUCCAUAUUGCUGGGCACCAGUCGUGGCUUGGUUUUUGAGACCGAGCUGAGUCCCGCCGCCGAGGGUCAUGUCCAGCGUAAGCAACUGUACGACUUGGGUCUGGGCAGGCCCAAGUAUCCCAUAACUGGCUUGAAGCUGCUCCGGAUACCCAACAGCAGCCGGUACAUAGUGGUGGUGACCAGUCCCGAGUGCAUUUACACAUUCCAGGAGACACUGAAGCCGGAGGAGCGCUCACUGCAGCCGAUAUUUGCGGGCUAUGUGAGUGGAGUGCAGGAGCCGCAUUGCGAGGAGCGAAAGACCGACCUGACCUACUCGCAGCUCCGAUUCUUUGCCCCGCCGAAUAGCAAGUACCCUAAGCAGUGGGCGUGGCUGUGCGGCGAGGGAAUACGCGUGGGAGAGCUCUCCAUCGAGGCCAAUAGCGCCUCUACUUUGCUGGGCAGCACCCUCAUCCCAUUGGACUUUGAGAAGGCCAAGCAUCUCUCCUACGAGGAGCGUAGACUGAGCAUACCCAAGGCCUUUGUGCUGACGGAGUACCAUGCCGUGCUCCUCUAUGCGGAUCAUAUAAGAGCCAUCUGCCUGCUCAACCAGGAGCAGGUGUAUCAGGAAUCCUUCGAUGAGGCCCGCGUAGGUCGUCCUUUGAGCAUCGAAAGGGAUGAGCUUACGGGUUCCAUAUAUGUGUACACUGUGAGGACGGUCUUUAAUCUGAGAGUGACUCGCGAGGAGCGAGAUGUGUGGAAGAUUUACCUGGACAAGGGUCAGUACGAACUGGCCACUGCCCAUGCAGCCGAGAAUCCGGAGAAUUUACAGCUGGUGUUGGCCCAGCGUGCAGAUGCCGCCUUUGCCGAGGGUUCCUACCAGGUGGCAGCGGAUUAUUACGCAGAGACAACCAAGUCCUUUGAGGAGGUGUGCCUCAAGUUUAUGGUUCUACCAGAUAAAAGACCCAUCAUCGACUAUGUAAAGAAACGACUGAGUCGGCUGACCACCAAGGCAACCCGCCUGGAGGCAGAGGAAACGGAUGAAGGGGAGUCCGCCGAGGACCUUAGCAAUGCCAUCAAGGCCUUGGUGAUCUGGCUAAUCGAUCUGUAUCUCAUCCAGAUCAACAUGCCCGACCAGAAUGAGGAAUGGCGGAGGGCGUGGCAGUCGGAGUACGACGAACUGAUGCGCCAGCCCCAGGUUCUUGCCUGCACGCGUGCCAAUCGCACGCAUGUCCAGCAAUUGAUUGCCGAGCAUGCUGAUCCCCACAAUCUGGCCCAGUUUGCCAUUGCCAUCGGUGACUAUGACGAGGUGGUGGGACAGCAACUAAAAGCCGAACGCUACACCGAAGCCUUGCAGACUCUGUGCAAGCAACGAGAGCCGGAAUUGUUUUACAAAUAUGCUCCCGAGCUGAUGGCCAAGCUGCCCAAGGCCACCGUGGAGGCUUUGAUGGCCCAGGGUUCGCGUCUGGAAGUGGAGAAGCUAGUGCCCACUUUGAUUGUGCUGGAGACACGCGAGCAGCGGGAGCAGACCACUCGCUAUCUGGAGUUUGCUGUCUACAAACUAAAUACCACCAACGAUGCCAUUCAUAACUUUCUACUGCAUUUGUAUGCCCAGCAUGAUCCCAAAUCCCUGAUGAAGUACCUGGAGAUUCAGGGCAGGGAUGAGACGCUGGUUCAUUAUGAUAUACACUAUGCCCUGAAGGUGUGCACCGAUUUGGAUCGCAAGGAGGCCUGUGUGUUUUUGCAAUGUCUGCUGGAGAUGUGGAUAAUGGCGGUGGAGCUGGCCCUCAAGUUUGACAUGAAGCUGGCCAAGGAGACGGCCUCCAGGCCCACGGAUAGUGCUAUGCGGCGGCAGCUUUGGCUGAGAAUAGCCUACCACGACAUCAAGGACACCAACGAUGUGAAGAAGGCUUUGAAUCUGCUCAAGGAGUGCGAUCUUCUGCGCAUUGAGGAUCUGCUGCCCUUCUUCUCCGACUUUGAGAAGAUUGACAACUUCAAGGAGGCCAUAUGCGAUGCUCUAAGGGACUACAAUCACCGCAUCCAAGAAAUUCAGCGUGAAAUGGCCGAGACCCAGGAGCAGUCGGACCGUGUCUCCUCCGAACUCCAGCAGGUGCGCAAUUACAGCAUCAAAAUGACCCCGCAGGACACGUGCUCUAUCUGCGAAAUGAUGCUUCUGGUGAAACCCUUCUUUGCCUUUAUGUGCGGCCACAAGUUCCAUAGUGAUUGCCUGGAAAAGCAGGUCUUGCCCAUGCUCACCAAAGAGCGCAGUCGCCGGCUGAGCACUCUGAAGCAGCAGCUGGAAGCGGAGGUGCAGCAGACCAAGACGAACAGCAGUAGCAGCAGCCUGACCAAGCAGCAGGCCAUGGAGCUGCAGCAAAAGCGAACGGCUUUGAAGACGGAAAUCGAGGAUAUUUUGGCAUCGGAUUGUUUGUUUUGUGGCCUGUUGAUUGAUACUAUCGAUCAGCCCUUUGUGGAUGACUGGGAGCAGGUGAACGUCGAGUGGGAGUAGCUACAUGCCAGACACAGCGGCGACACUUGUGUACAUAUAGAGUAUUUAUUAAUAAAACUACACUGAUCACAACGGCACUAA